AUGCGUGUGAAGCCCCAGGGCCUGGUGGUGACUUCCAGUGCCGUGUGCAGCUCUCCUGACUACCUCCGGGAGCCCAAGUACUACCCCGGCGGCCCCCCUACCCCACGGCCCUUGCUUCCUACCCGGCCCCCUGCCAGCCCACCCGACAAGGCCUUCGCCCACACCUUCUCCGAGAACCCACGCCCACCCCCACGCCGGGACCCCAGCACCCGGCGCCCACCAGUCCUUGCCAAGGGGGACGACCCGCUGCCCCCAAGGGCGGCCCGUCCCGUCUCACAGGCCCGCUGCCCCACACCCGCGGGAGACGGCAACAGCUCCCGACGUCGCUGGGACAACGGGCGGGUGAACCUGCGUCCAGUGGUGCAGCUGAUUGACAUCAUGAAGGACCUGACGCGACUCUCCCAAGACCUGCAGCAUAGCGGUGUGCACCUGGACUGCGGUGGCCUCCGACUCAGCCGCCCACCUGCCCCGCCCCCUGGUGACCUUCAGUACAGCUUCUUCUCCUCACCCAGCCUGGCCAACAGCAUCCGCAGCCCUGAGGAGCGGGCCACCCCCCAUGCUAAGUCCGAGAGGCCCAGCCACCCACUCUAUGAGCCUGAGCCCGAGCCUAGGGACAGCCCCCAGCCUGGUCAAGGCCAUAGUCCCGGAGCCACGGCCGCGGCCACCGGUCUGCCCCCAGAGCCUGAGCCAGACGGCCCUGAUUACUCAGAACUUGCUGACGCCGACAUCCUUAGCGAGCUGGCCUCCCUAACUUGCCCCGAGGCCCAGCUGCUGGAGGCCCAGGCCCUCGAGCCACCAUCUCCUGAGCCAGAGCCUCAGCUCCUGGACCCCCAGCCCCGCUUCCUGGACCCACAGGCUCUAGAGCCGCUCGGGGAAGCUUUGGAGCUGCCACCCCUGCAACCUCUUGCUGAUCCUCUGGGGCUGCCAGGCCUGGCUCUCCAGGCCCUGGAUACCCUGCCCGACUCCCUGGAGUCGCAGCUGCUUGACCCUCAGGCACUUGACCCCCUGCCCAAGUUGCUUGAUGUCCCUGGCCGCCGUCUGGAGCCUCAGCAGCCCCUGGGGCCCUGCCCACUGGCUGAGCCCUUGCGCCUGGACUUGUGCUCACCCCACGGCCCCCAUGGGCCUGAGGGUCACCCCAAGUACGCCUUGCGGCGCACUGAUAGGCCAAAGAUCCUGUGUCGCCGGCGGAAAGCUGGACGGGGACGCAAGGCAGACGCUGGACCAGAGGGCCGCCUGCUGCCCCUGCCUAUGCCCACAGGGCUGGCAGCUGCCCUGGCCGAGCCCCCGCCGCCGCCACCUCCACCACCUCCUGCCCUGCCGGGCCCAGGCCCAGUCCCAGAGCUGGAGCCAGAAUCUUCCCAGACUCCAGUAGCCCCUACCCGCAAAGGCAAGUGCCGGGGUGUGCGGCGCAUGGUGGUGAAGAUGGCCAAAAUCCCUGUAUCGCUGGGGCGGCGGAACAAGACCACAUACAAGGUGUCAUCCUUGAGCAGCAGCCUCAGUGUGGAGGGCAAGGAGCUGGGCCUACGCGUGUCAGCCGAGCCCACCCCGCUGCUGAAGAUGAAGAACAAUGGACGGAACGUGGUGGUGGUUUUCCCGCCCGGGGAGAUGCCCAUUAUUCUUAAGCGUAAACGCGGCCGCCCUCCUAAGAACCUGCUUCUGGGUCCCGGCAAGCCCAAGGAGCCAGCGGUGGUAGCGGCUGAAGCGGCCACCGUGGCAGCGGCCACCAUGGCCAUGCCAGAGGUGAAGAAACGGCGGCGGCGGAAGCAGAAGCUGGCAUCUCCCCAGCCAUCCUACGCAGCAGACGCCAAUGACAGUAAGGCCGAGUACUCUGACGUCCUCGCCAAGCUGGCCUUCCUGAACCGCCAGAGCCAGUGCGCUGGGCGGUGCUCACCCCCCCGCUGCUGGACACCCAGCGAGCCCGAGUCGGUACACCAGGCACCCGACACCCAGAGCAUCUCCCACUUCCUGCACCGUGUGCAGGGCUUCCGACGGCGUGGUGGUAAAGCAGGCGGUUUUGGUGGCCGGGGUGGGGGCCAUGCAGCCAAGGCAGCCCGAUGCUCCUUCAGUGACUUCUUCGAGGGCAUUGGCAAGAAAAAGAAAGUGGUGGCAGUGACAGCUGCUGGCGUUGGGGGUCCCAGCCUCACCGAAUUGGGGCACCCACGCAAACGGGGCCGGGGGGAGGUGGACGCCAUGACUGGGAAGCCCAAGCGCAAGAGACGGUCCCGGAAGAACGGGACUCUGUUCCCAGAACAGGUGCCUAGUGGCCCAGGCUUUGGGGAGGCAGGCGCCGAGUGGGCCGGGGACAAGGGUGGCGGCUGGGCCCCUCACCAUGGGCACCCAGGCGGGCAAGCCGGCCGAAACUGUGGGUUCCAGGGGACCGAGGCCCAGGCCUUUGCCUCCACUGGACUAGAGAGUGGGGCUUCAGGCCGCGGCAGCUACUACAGCACAGGUGCACCUGCGGGUCAGACCGAGCUCAGCCAGGAGCGCCAAAACCUCUUCACCGGCUAUUUUCGCUCACUGCUCGAUUCGGAUGACUCCUCCGACCUCUUAGACUUUGCCCUCUCAGCCUCUCGCCCCGAGUCCCGGAAGGCAUCAGGCACCUACGCAGGGCCCCCCACCAGCACCCUGCCCUCCCAGCGGGGCCUGGCCACCUUCCCCAGCCGGGGAGCCAAGGCCAGCCCAGUGGCUGUGGGCACCAGCGGGGCUGGUGCGGACCCCUCCUUCCAGCCUGUCUUACCCUCUCGCCAGACCUUCCCACCAGGCCGGGCAGCGAGCUAUGGGAUAACUCCGGCCACUUCAGACUGCCGGGCAGCCGAGACCUUCCCAAAACUGGCUCCCCCACCUUCAGCUGUGGCCCGCUCACCUACCACCCACCCACCCACCAACACCUACCCACCCCAAUAUGGCGGCUACGGGGCUGGACAAAGUGUUUUUGCCCCGGCUAAGCCCUUUACGGGCCAGGACUGUGCUAACAGCAAGGACUGCAGCUUCGCCUACGGCAGCGGCAACAGCCUGCCUGCCUCUCCCAGCAGCGCCCACAGCGCCGGCUACGCCCCACCGCCUACUGGUGGCCCCUGCCUGCCACCCAGCAAGGCCUCCUUCUUCAACAGCUCUGAGGGGGCCCCCUUCUCUGGCUCAGCCCCCACACCCCUGCGCUGUGACAGCCGGGCCAGCACCGUCUCACCCGGCGGCUACAUGGUACCCAAGGGCACCACCGCCUCUGCCACCUCUGCUGCCUCUGCCGCCUCCUCCUCCUCCUCCUCCUUCCAGCCCUCGCCUGAAAACUGUCGGCAGUUUGCGGGGGCUUCUCAGUGGCCUUUCCGGCAGGGCUAUGGAGGCCUGGACUGGGCCUCGGAGGCCUUCAGUCAGCUCUACAAUCCCGGUUUCGACUGCCACGUCAGCGAGCCCAACGUGAUCCUGGACAUCUCCAACUACACGCCGCAGAAGGUGAAGCAGCAGACGGCCGUGUCCGAGACCUUCUCCGAAUCAUCCUCCGACAGCACCCAGUUCAAUCAACCGGUCGGCGGCGGUUUUCGGCGUGCCAACAGCGAGGCCUCGAGCAGCGAGGGCCAGUCGAGCCUGUCCAGCCUGGAGAAACUAAUGAUGGACUGGAAUGAGGCGUCCUCUGCCCCCGGCUACAACUGGAACCAGAGCGUCCUCUUCCAGAGCAGCUCCAAGCCGGGCCGUGGACGGCGGAAGAAGGUGGACCUGUUCGAGGCCUCACAUCUGGGCUUUCCAUCGUCCGCCUCGGCCACUGCCUCAGGCUACCCGUCCAAACGGAGCACCGGGCCCCGGCAACCACGAGGUGGACGGGGUGGUGGGGCCUGCUCAGCCAAGAAGGAGCGAGGCGGUGCAGCAGCCAAAGCCAAGUUCAUCCCCAAGCCGCAGCCAGUCAACCCCCUGUUCCAGGACAGCCCGGACCUUGGCCUGGACUACUACAGUGGAGACAGCAGCAUGUCGCCACUGCCGUCCCAGUCAAGGGCCUUUGGUGUGGGUGAGCGAGACCCUUGUGACUUCAUGGGACCCUACUCCAUGAACCCGUCCACCCCUUCUGACGGCACCUUCGGCCAAGGCUUCCACUGCGACUCGCCCAGCCUGGGUGCUCCUGAGUUAGACGGCAAGCAUUUCCCGCCUCUGGCCCACCCACCCACGGUGUUUGAUGCUGGCCUGCAGAAGGCGUACUCACCCACCUGCUCACCCACACUGGGCUUCAAGGAAGAGCUGCGGCCGCCACCCACGAAGCUGGCUGCCUGCGAGCCCCUCAAGCAUGGGCUCCAGGGGGCCAGCCUGGGCCACGCAGCUGCAGCCCAGGCCCAUCUUAGCUGUCGGGACCUGCCACUGGGCCAGCCCCACUAUGACUCCCCCAGCUGCAAGGGCACAGCUUACUGGUACCCGCCAGGCUCAGCUGCCCGCAGCCCGCCCUAUGAAGGGAAGGUGGGUACGGGGCUGCUGGCUGACUUCCUGGGCAGGACGGAGGCCGCGUGCCUCAGUGCCCCACACCUGGCUAGCCCGCCGGCCACGCCCAAGGCCGACAAGGAGCCACUGGAGAUGGCCCGGCCGCCUGGCCCACCCCGUGGCCCCGCUGCUGCCGCUGCUGGCUAUGGCUGCCCACUCCUUAGUGACUUGACCCUGUCCCCUGUGCCGAGGGACUCGCUGCUGCCCCUGCAGGAUACCGCCUACAGGUAUCCAGGCUUUAUGCCACAGGCGCAUCCCGGCCUGGGUGGGGGCCCCAAGAGCGGCUUCCUGGGGCCCAUGGCGGAACCUCACCCUGAGGACACAUUCACCGUCACCUCCCUGUAG